GCGUGCAGGGUCGAGCCGAAGGCAGCUUGCCCGCAGCCACUCGGAGGCGACCAGCGCCAGACUAGCAGAACCCAUGGCAUCUCCGGGCUCUGGCUUUUGGUCCUUCGGAUCUGAAGAUGGCUCUGGGGAUCCUGAGAACCCGGGAACAGCGAGAGCCUGGUGCCAGGUGGCCCAAAAGUUCACGGGCGGCAUCGGAAACAAGCUAUGCGCUCUGCUCUACGGAGACUCUGAGAAGCCAGCAGAGAGCGGCGGGAGCGUGACCUCGCGGGCCGCCACUCGGAAGGUCGCCUGCACCUGUGACCAAAAACCCUGCAGCUGCCCCAAAGGAGAUGUCAAUUAUGCACUUCUCCACGCAACAGACCUGCUGCCAGCCUGUGAAGGAGAAAGGCCCACUCUCGCAUUUCUGCAAGAUGUAAUGAACAUUUUGCUUCAGUACGUGGUGAAAAGUUUUGAUAGAUCAACUAAAGUGAUUGAUUUCCAUUACCCCAAUGAGCUUCUUCAAGAGUAUAAUUGGGAAUUGGCAGACCAACCGCAAAAUCUGGAGGAAAUUUUGACGCACUGCCAAACAACUCUAAAAUAUGCGAUUAAAACAGGGCAUCCCCGAUAUUUUAAUCAGCUGUCUACCGGAUUGGAUAUGGUUGGAUUAGCAGCAGAUUGGUUGACAUCAACAGCAAACACGAACAUGUUUACCUAUGAGAUCGCCCCUGUAUUUGUACUACUGGAAUAUGUGACACUAAAGAAAAUGAGGGAAAUCAUUGGCUGGCCAGGAGGCUCUGGCGAUGGAAUCUUUUCUCCUGGUGGUGCCAUCUCCAACAUGUACGCCAUGCUCAUUGCCCGCUAUAAGAUGUUUCCAGAAGUCAAGGAAAAGGGGAUGGCGGCGGUGCCCAGGCUCAUCGCAUUCACGUCAGAGCAUAGUCACUUUUCUCUCAAGAAGGGAGCUGCAGCCUUGGGGAUCGGAACAGACAGCGUGAUUCUGAUUAAAUGUGAUGAGAGAGGGAAAAUGAUCCCAUCUGACCUUGAAAGAAGAAUCCUUGAAGUCAAACAGAAAGGAUUUGUUCCUUUCCUGGUGAGUGCCACAGCUGGAACCACUGUGUACGGGGCUUUUGAUCCUCUCUUGGCUGUAGCUGACAUCUGCAAAAAAUAUAAGAUCUGGAUGCAUGUGGAUGCUGCUUGGGGUGGAGGGUUACUGAUGUCUCGGAAACACAAGUGGAAGCUGAACGGUGUGGAGAGGGCCAACUCUGUGACAUGGAAUCCCCACAAGAUGAUGGGUGUCCCCUUGCAAUGUUCGGCUCUCCUGGUCAGAGAGGAGGGACUGAUGCAGAGCUGCAACCAGAUGCAUGCUUCCUACCUCUUUCAGCAAGAUAAGCACUAUGACCUGUCCUAUGACACGGGAGACAAGGCCUUGCAGUGUGGACGCCACGUCGAUGUCUUUAAAUUAUGGCUCAUGUGGAGAGCAAAGGGGACUACUGGAUUUGAAGCUCACAUUGAUAAGUGUUUGGAGCUGGCAGAGUAUUUAUACAAUAUCAUUAAAAACCGAGAAGGAUAUGAAAUGGUGUUCGAUGGGAAGCCUCAGCACACAAAUGUCUGCUUCUGGUUUGUACCUCCUAGUUUGCGAGUUCUGGAAGACAAUGAAGAGAGAAUGAGCCGCCUCUCAAAGGUGGCGCCAGUGAUUAAAGCCAGAAUGAUGGAGUAUGGGACCACAAUGGUCAGCUACCAACCCUUAGGAGAUAAGGUCAACUUCUUCCGCAUGGUCAUCUCAAACCCUGCAGCAACUCACCAAGACAUUGACUUCCUCAUUGAAGAAAUCGAACGCCUGGGACAAGAUUUGUAAUCACUUUGCUCACCAAACUUUCAGUUCUCUAGGUAGACAGCUAAGUUGUCACAAACUGUGUAAAUGUAUUUGUAGUUUGUUCCAGAGUAAUUCUAUUUCUAUAUCGUGGUGUCACAGUAGAGUCCAGUUUAAAA